CUGCAAAAGUAAUCAGAUCGUAAUUGAUAAAUGCACAAAAGAAAAUAAGACAUGUAAACCUACUACAAGAGAUCCAUAUUUUCAGUGUGAUCAGUGUUUGCCAGGAUUUAAAGAGAGUGGAGAUGAUGAUAAACAUUGCAUUGGUAAUUGUGAAAAAAACGAAACAGGAUAUAAUUACUGCUUUAAAAGCAAUAGAUUAUGCGAAUUUUAUAAAGAAGAACCAUUUUUUCGUUGCACAAAUUGCUUGAAAGGUUUCGAAGAAGAUGGUAAUAAUUGUGUCCAUUUUUGUGAAAAAGAUCGAACAGGAUUCGUAGAUUGCAAAGAUCAAAACAAGACAUGCGAACCUACUGAAGAAGGAAAGUUUUAUAGAUGUGACAGUUGUUUAGACGAAUAUGAUGUUGCUCCAGACGAUAAAUCAAAGUGUAUUCAUCGCUGUGAAACAAUUGAAGAUGAAACUAAAAUGACAUGGAAUGAAUUUUGCAAGAAAAUUAACGCAAAAUGCAAAGUAGAAUCAAAAAAUAUCACAUGUGACUGUGCACAUAAAGAUUAUAAUUUUGACAGCAAUAAAAGAAAAUGUCGAAUUAAAAAUCAAUGCAAUAACGAAGUUUGUGGUGAUGGUGCUAAGUGUAUACAUAUUGAAGAUACUUACGCAAUCGAAUGCAAUUGCACUGAGGAACAAUAUUAUGAUUAUUCAGAGAAUAAGUGUUUAAAUAAAAAUAAAUGUUUAGGUAAAGUAUGUAAUGCAUUUAAAGAAUGUGAAGAAGGUGAAUGCAAGUGUAUGGAGGAAUUAAAAGACGAUGGCACAAACUGCGUUGUGAAUGAAAAUAAAUGUAAAGAACUUUAUGGGGAAUACGCCGUAUGCAAUGUAAAAGCUGAUUCAUUCGGUAGACCUUCAUACAGUUUUGAUUGUGGUAAAGGUUAUUACUUACAUCCGAGUUCGAAAAAAUGUGUCGAAAUUAAAGAAAACUAUUGCAAAAUGGGAGAUACGUCAUGUCAACAGACAUGUACCAUAGAGAAUGAAAAGCAGAAAUGCGGUUGUUUCAAAGAGUUUACAUUGAAUUCAGAUAAUAAAACUUGCGAUUUAGAAAAAAAAGAUAAUACGGCUUGUGAAAAUGGAAUAUUGAAAAAUGGUGAAUGUAAAUGCAACUUAGGUUACGUUCAUGAAAACAAAAAUGAAGAUAAAUGUGUUCAUAUAUGCAAUAGUUCAAAAAUUGAAGAAAUCUGUCCAAUGGGUUGUGUAUCUUGGGAUAAAGAAAAAUUUAGAUGUAAUUGUACAGGAAAAUACGAAUACUCUAAAGAUGGGAACACCUGUAUAGAGAAAGCGUUUUGUGCGAAAGGUGAAAUAGGAGAUGUUGAUUGUUCUAAGAAAAAUGCACGAUGUAAAGAGAAUAAAAACAGUGAUGAAGGAUAUGAAUGUGUUUGUCUUGAAGGAUUAAGAGAGUUAGAAAAUGGAAUCUGUUCAAGUGACUGUACAUAUGACGAAGCGCAGGAAUGUAAGAAGAAAAAUCUUGAAUGUGAAUAUGAUGAAAACGAAAAUAUCAGUAAAUGCAUUUGUCCACUUUCAAUGAUGAUGUCAAAGAAUGGAUCGUGCGAAUUUGCCAACAAUUCCUAUUAUAUGAACAUAGUUCUACAAAAUCCAAAGAAACAUUCUCGUGUUUUUAAAAGAAACGUAAAUAAAGCUGACAAAUUAAGCAUCUCUUAUCAUGAAAUUAAGAAGAGAAUGAUUGAUGCGGGCAAACACGUUAAAGAGUAA